GAUUGUGACGGGUGUUUGCCUGUUUUAUUUGCUCGUCAACUUGCUGCUGCUGCAGUGGGCAGUUGUGAAGCCUAUGGCUCAGUUCAGCAACGAUGAGCAUCACUUGAAUGCCACACUGGCAAGGAUCCUGAAGCCCCGCUGGCCCGGCAGCUUGGGGCACUCGCAGGUGCGCGAUUUCCUCCUGCAGGAGCUGCAUGCGCUGGGCUUCCACACGGACCGGGAUGAGUUUGUCGAUGGUGUGGCCUUCACCAAUGUGAUGGGCAUCAUCAAUCCGGAGGCAAUGAAUUUUCUGCUGCUCUGCUGUCACUACGAUACUCCACACUUGACCGAUGUCGCGGGUUUUGUGGGUGCCACCGAUGGCGCAGUGCCGUGUGCAAUUCUCCUGAACAUGGCCAAGACUUUGGGCUCCUAUUUCAGGGAGGAACUGCGGAAACGACUGGACAUUGGUUUGGCACUGGUGUUUUUUGAUGGCCAUGAGCCAAUGCCCAGCGAUCCGCAGAAAUCCAAUGUGCUGCGCGGCUCCAAGCGAUUCGUCCAAAUGGAGACACUGCCGCUAGAGAGCAUUGAGGUUGCCAUUGCCUUGAACUUCAUUGGUGCUCCUUCCCAGGCAUACAUGAGCCACUACGACAGCACUUACAGACUGCACAAUCGCCUGGCGGAGAUUGAGCUGGAUCUGCGGGAAUCGGGACAACUCUCCCAGUGCCAUUUGUUGUUUCAAAAGCUAAAGGAUCACGACACUGAUCUGCCCGACGAUCAUUAUCCAUUCCUCGAUGAAGGUGUGCCCGUGAUGCAUUUGGCACCUUACAGAUACCCGGAAGUGUGGCAUACUGCGGAGGAUAAUACCGAGCACUUGCACUGGCCAACUGUUCUCAAUAUGAACUCAAUAAUGCGACAAUUUGUUUACGAAUACUUGGAGAAGCAUGAUGAUGAUACCACGUACCGUCUGGAUAGUUAAAUUGAAUCCAAAUUGAACUGAUUUAUGCAAAAAAUUUCUAGAUAUCCAUUAAACGUUAAGCGAGGUCAUGCAUAGCGAUCAA